GAGAGAAUCCGCAAACGACAAACAAAAACAUUGUCAUUACCAACUCGAAAAAAAAAACCUGAACUGGAGAAAUUGGAAUUCAUAUAGCUUCAACACGCCUUCCAGCCAUGAUGCAUUCAAUCGAUAUUUUUAUCAGUUCAUCGUCACCAAGCUUUCAGUUGUUUAUUGACUCACACAAUUCAACCGUCUGGAGGAAAUCGUCAUCGAUCCGAUGCGAUAACAAGUCGUCCACUCCCUGGAUACCAUCCCGACCCUCUUGAUAUUAAAAAAACUCCUAGAUUCGUGGGGGCUGGCUGGUUCCAGCCAAAAACACGUUGGCCCAAAUUCCGAGCAGCCCGGGCCGCCCCCAAACCGAGCCGCACCGUAACCGCAACCACGUACCUACCUUGCAUCCUACCCACCUACCUUGGCUGCCUGUUCGCUACCUAGCUCGGCCUGGGCAAAUGUUUAUAAUGACCAUUCGACCCCUUCCGGCACCAGCAUCUCCUCAAGAAGCUUCUGACGUGUCCCAUCCUGCCGAACAGGCGAUGCACGACAACACCAGCGACCUUUCUACUCUGGCUUACUUCCUUGGGGGCAGUCACCAGUACCCACCAGGCACGACAGCCCCAGAUCAAGAUUACGCCGCAACAUGGUGUCCUCGCCUGAUGCCUGUUCAGGCCCCCAUCAUGCCCUGGCCUAGCUCCGGCCAGCAGCAGUGCGAGUCACCCCUUGACAUUGUGCACGAGGGCGAGGUUUCCUACGAGUUUCCCACUCCGACGCCCACCUCGGCCCAUGAGUACACCUACCACAGCAACCCGCACCCCAACAUCCAGACUUCUCGUCGGGGCAGCAACCCGAGAAGCAGCACCCGACCCAGCACCUCGACGGUACCGUCGCCCCUCACCAACACCAGCCCGCAGAGCUUUGGAAAGCCCCCGAAACGGAGCUCCUCGACCGAGCGCAGAGACUCGAGCAGCAGAAACGCAAAGCGCUCCAGGAGAUGCAACACGACGGGCACCAUCAGCAGCAACAAGAACAGCAGCACGGGCUGCGACGCGACCACAGACCCGAGCUCGUCGUCGCAGAGGAAAAGACGCCGGUUCGCCUGCCCCUACAAAGUCUACGAGCCACACCUCAGCUGCUUCCUGGAAGGUCGGCGCAACCAGUCCGGCGGCUGCGAGAGCAUCUACCGGCUCAAGCAGCACUUCAAGCGCGUGCACAAGCGCACGUUUCGCUGCGAGCGCUGCUGGAAGCACGAGGAGACGCUGCGCGGCCUCGACGAGCACAGGGCCGCCAACGCCUGCCAGCCAAAGGACCUGGCGGCGACGGAGAGGUUCAUGGACGAGGAGCACGAGGCGCUCGUGGAUGCGCCCCUCGGCAACAGGUCCGAGGAGGAGUACUGGUGGGACAUGUUUACCAUGUUGAUACCGGGAAUGGCGGAAGCUGAUCCGGGGUGGAUGAGGGUUCGUUACUCUCCAUACCACCAAGACGCCCGCACGACCCAGAACAUCACCGCCCAGCUGCUUCCCAACCUUGGCGGGAUCGACACCGCCCUAGCAACGCCCGCGAUGCUGGGCGAAUCAACCUUUUCGUCGGGGAUGCCCGGUGAGACGGCGAGCAUGAAAGGAGUGUUUGACAGCAACGCCGAGUCCACCGCCUCCUUUCUCGGACUGGGCACUCUCGCGACCGAGACCCCGCUCUUCCCGUCCUUCCCAGCUGCGUCUGCAGCGACCACGGCCUUGACCUCUCCGGCACGGUCGCUGGGACACUCACCACACCUGCAGUGGGCACAGCAGGCCAUCGGCGAGCAGUCGUCUCCUGCCCUGCCGCCGCACGUGCAGGGCGACUUUCACUUUCCCGACAAUGACGACGCCAUCAAGCAGCAGCAGCAGCAGCAGCACUCGGAGGACGAGAUGGAGGCUGGGCGGCAGGCCGCAUACCAGCGCAUCCAGGGUCUGUUGGUGGCGGCGCUGGCGGGUGAGAUGCCGGGUCGGGCUCGUGCGCUGGUCGCCCAGGCCGUGAGGGAGCUGGAUGGGAUACAGGUUGGCAGUGGCGGUUGACGACUGGUAGUUGUAUUGUCUCUCUGAUCUUGGGUACUUGGUUUCGUUACGAUUGACGUAGAUCCUAUAGACUUGGGGGUAUGUAACCCAACAAGAAAAAAAAAGUCCAAAAAAAAAAGCCAAACUUCGACCCUCGCACGCUUCACACCCAUUUCCUCACGCAGCCCAGGCGUCCGGGUGAAACUCCAUCAGACUGUACAACCCAACAAUAGUGCCACUCAAGAAGAAGCUGCUGCCAAAGAGCGCGGCCUGGUUCGCCCUGUCACCGUCCCCCAGCAGCAAAAACACUCCAGUCAUGCCGAAACCAGCCGAGCCAACCGUAUUAAGAAACGUACCGAGCUAGUCGGGGGACGACGGCUUUGGCUUGUACCAGCUGUCCUUGAGAAAGACGAGCAGGCCAAUUUUUGCGACCACCAGGAUGCUCCCGCCGAUGACCUUGGGCAGGAACGCGAGGGCCUGGAACAGCGUCGGGUUCGAUGUCGAGUCCUUGAAGACGACCGGGAAGGAGGACACGGUAGAGACGCCCAGGAUCAGGCCGGCAAACGUCGACCACCACCCGACCUGGAAGGACAGCGUGCGGAAGAUGGCGAGGAACUCGGCCGACGACGGGAACCAGACCCAGCUGCUGGACCCAACGAGGGCCGGUCGAUGGGUGCCCACGCCUCCCUUUGUGACCUCGAUGGUGCCGCGGUUGGCGUUGAAGGCGGCAAAGAUGCCCAGGGUGCCGGCGAUGGUGAACAGGAUCGAGCCCGUGGUCAGGGUCGCAGGCCCUAUCGCCUUGGAGACGGAAGGAAGGAGGCCAAAGAUGCCGUUGGUGACAAACGACAUGCUGCCCACGAUGAACAGCACGGCCACGAUCCAGUUCAUGUCCUUGUAGGGGUAGACGGUGAACAUGCGCACGAUUCUGCCGUGGGCCGAGGACUCGAGCUCGACGACGAACUCGGGCCGGGGCUUGUCCAAGGUGUCGGCGGUGCUGUUGGUCUCGGUCCGGUAGAAGCCGGGGAAGAUGGAAGCCUGCUCUCGUUCCUGCUCGCAGUGCUCCUUGUACGCCAGGUAGUAGACGACCUGGAUGACGCGCUGGGGCUCCUGGUAGCCAACGUCGUCGCCGCCGUAUCCGUUUUGCUGCUGCCGCUGUCGAGGUGCAAUGUUGCGCCCGUUUGGUAAUGGCGGGACCGCCUCGGUGUCGUUGCUGUAGGCGCCAUUCCGUUGGUACAUCAAGGUCCGGAUCAUGGACGCUCGGCUGGCAGCGGCGGCGUUCAUGAUGACCUGUGUGUUGCUGAAAAGAAUAUGAAAGAAAUAUGUAUAGUAAGAUGACGUUCAGACGUUGUGGGCACUUGGCCUCGAGAGUUGAAGAAUCGAAUGUUUGUUGUUGUUUGGUUUGUGAUGUCGUGUACGAGCAGCUAGCUGCUUGCUUGCCUUGGGUUCCUGAUGUUCACAAAGAACCCAAGGAGCCCAAGAAGGAAAACCAGUAACCAAAUACGACGCUUGGAAAAGACUGAAGAUGAAGAGAAAAAAGACGAACGCAAUGAAGAAAAGCCAAAAUAUCUCUAGCGGACUAGAUACAUGGCAAGUUUAGACUUUAGAAAUGAAUACGCACAAAAAGCAAAACACAUGAAGAAGUCAAGUAUACUAAAAAGGCACCAGCACGU